AUGUACACGCUAGUAUUCGUAAGACAUGGCGAAAGCACAUGGAAUAAAGAAAAUCGGUUCUGUGGAUGGGUUGACAAACCAUUGACCGAAAAUGGAAAAAACGAAGCUAAGGAAGGCGCACUAGCACUUAAAGAAACAGGAAUAUCAUUCGGUACAGUAUUCACCUCAGUGUUGGAUCGCGCCAUUAAAACAGCCGAUAUAAUAUUGGAAGUACUAGGACAAGCUAAUGUACCAAGGAUCACUUCAUGGAGGUUAAAUGAAAGACACUACGGUGCCCUUCAAGGAUUGGACAAAGUGGCCACAGUGGAAAAAUACGGACUAGAAAAAGUUAACCUAUGGAGAAGGUCAUUCAACAUACCACCACCACCUUGUGAAGAAACAAGUGAAUGGUAUGUAGGAAAUGAUCCCAUGUAUGCAGAAAUACCACGAAAUGAAAUACCCAACGGAGAAAGUAUUGAACAAUGCAUCAAAAGGGUUAAACCAUGCUGGGAAAAUGAAAUUGUACCGAAAAUGAAACAAGGACAACCCAUUCUAGUAGUUUCUCACGGUAACGCACUGCGCUCACUCAUGAAGAUUAUUGAAAACAUCUCCGAUGAAGAAAUUGUCAAACUCAAUCUACCAAACGGAGUACCACUGGUAUACAAGUUCUCUUGUGACAUGAAGAUUGUGGAAAAGAAGUUCCUUCUAUCAGAUGAAGAACUUAAGGCAAGGAUGGACAAAGUAGCAAACCAGCUUCUUAAAAAAAAUUAA